CGUUGUUAUCUUGUUCUGCGGUCUCAUCCAUUUAGCAAAAUCCAAGAUGGCGGCUCCUGUGAAUUUCGUGUCGCAAACGCAAUUGAACGCUAAAAAAGCACUAAAGAGAAAAGCCAGGGAGGAUAUACUGCAAAAGGCUAAGGAAGAAUACGAAAAAGAAGAAAGACGAAAAGAGAAGAGAAAGGAGACAGGUGAAGAUACAUGGAUGCUCCCAUCAGUCAGUGAUCGCGUCACAGAAAACAAUAUCAAGAAAAAAUCCUCAAAGAAAAAGAAGCAUAAGAAAGAAAAGAAAUCAAGGAAACUAAAAAAGGUACUGUCAUUGCCUCUUAAACAAUACAACAACCAUUUAAAAAAAGCCAACACUCUUUCUUCAUUGGCAGAUAAAAAGGCAUCAACAGAAGGUGGAAGUUCAUCACAGGAUGAGUGGGUUGUCAAGGAGACUCCAGCAGUGGAGAGUGACAAUCCACAAACACAAAUAACACAACAGCGUGAUAGCUGGAUGUUACUGCCAACCUUCUCAAGUAGCUCUAAGAGAGCACAGCAAGAAGAGAGGGAAAUAGAAGAAGAAGAACAAAGAGAAAAGGAAAAGAAGCUCUCCUGUCUGGAUACACCUGGCCAGCAUGAGAAGGAGCUUAACCCAUAUUGGAAAGAUGGAGGUGCUGGACUACCAACAGCAAAUGAUGAAAAUUCUAACCAGGACUCUGGUUCAGUUUCAUAUGAUCUUGGAUUUUUGAGAAAAGCCUAUAAAAGGUCUGUAGAACAAUCUAAAGAGGAAGGGCGAAGUCUUGAGGAGGUGGUUGCUGACCGAUGGGGGUCAAUUGAGAGGUUACAGAGUUUGAUAAAGGCAGCAGAAAUGAGCAGCAAGCCAGAUGGAAGGUCAGAUCAGUUUGACAGUCGAAGUAGCAAACGUCCUGAGAAGGGAAGUGAAAGAGGUGACAGGCGUGAUAGAAAUGAGCUCGAACGGGCACGAGACGCGGACAGGGACUGGCAGAGAGGUGAUGGCCGCCCUCACAGGGAGCAUAGACAAGAGGGAAGAGAACAAGAAUCAAAGAGGGACAGUCAGAAUGGUGACGAUGGCCGCCCUCACAGAGAAGAAAGACAAGUGGGAAGAGACCACCGUCACGAGUCUGAUAGAAGAAGAGAUCUUACCUCAAGCAGACUGUCUGGGGAUAGAUCAAGGAGAAAUAUGUUCAUGAGACCAGAUGAUUCCAGGCCUUCUUCAAGCUCCAGCAGGUUUAUGCGACCUUCCAGUUUAACGGCCGAGCCAUCCUCAUCGUCUUGGAGCUCAUUCUCUGAACACCCCACCCCCUCCGCUGUUAUAAGGAACUAUCCCCAAACCUCAAGAUCUUCGGGCGGCUGGAGGAAGCAAACGAAAAACAAAGAGAAGGAGAUGGUAGAAGAAGUAAAAGAAAGGAAAAGAAUGAGCUCUAGCUCGGAGUCGAGCUCAGAGAGUGAGGGUUCUAUAAGUGAUGGUGAACCCACGGAGAAGAAACAAGGCACUAAACCUCCUACACCCGAGGCCGUCGUACCAAAAAGAAGGGUUACAGAGGCUGAUCUCAAUAGUAUGGGUGCUAAGAUUGUGAAGGCGGAGUUAAUGGGGAAUGAGGAACAAGCUGCGAAACUUAGGCAGGAACUUAAGCAAAUGCGCCAGGACAAACAGGCCCAAGAUGCCAACCCUGCGACGAGAGCAGGGCCGAGGGAGGAGGAAGUUGUGGUACUCACACGGACAGACAAGAGUGGUAACACACGACCCGUGCAGAUGAACGAAGCAGCUGAGCCUAAGGGUGGAUGGCGCAAGAAGAAAAAGGUUGCCACACACGGCGCAUCAGGUGACCGGGAGCGGUACUUUGCUGACGAUGAUAGAUUCAGUUUACAAGACAUGGUUCGCAUGGAGCGCAUGAAUACUGCUGAGGACUACGACGCCAUGUUCAGCCGCCUUGCCUCCAAGGGUGCAUCCAAGACUGACUCUGAUAACUUCACGCUGGACGACCACUUUGUGACGGCUGCUGCGACUAAACUGACUCCGGCACAGGCAGAGGAGCGAGAAAGGCACAAGGCCAUUGCAGAACACAAGCGCUUGUCAGAGCAGUUGUCCAAGUGCAGGUUUUGCUUUGAGAACCCUGACCUUAAAAAGCACCUCAUCAUUGCAAUUGGGAUCCAGACGUACUUGGCACUGCCUCUUCACCAGUCUCUCACGGACGGCCACUGCCUGAUCGUGCCGAUGCAGCACUCGCUAGCGACCACGCUUAUCGAUGAAGAUGUCCAUGAUGAGAUUAAGAUAUUUAAGAAAGGGCUGACAAAGAUGUUCGAGGAAAUGGAUCGUGAUGUGGUGUUCCUGGAAACUUGCCGCAGCCUCAAAAGACAGAAUCACAUGAUCGUCGAGUGUGUACCCAUCCCCAAAGAAGACGGCGACAUGGCUCCUAUUUACUUUAAGAAAGCGAUCAUGGAAGCCGAUGUAGAGUGGGCCCAGAAUAAGCGCCUGAUUGACACACGGGACAAAGGCCUGCGCAGCUCCAUCCCUAGGGGACUCCCCUUCUUUCAUGUAGAGUUUGGUCUGGACGGCGGGUUUGCGCACAUCAUCGAGGACGAGGAGCUUUUCCCGCAAUACUUCGGCAAGGAGAUCAUCGGCGGGAUGCUUGACCUAGAUCCUUACAGAUGGAGGAAGCCACGAACCGAAAGCUUCCAAGAGCACAAAACUAAAGUCCUACAGUUCGCGGAAUGGUGGAAACCUUACGACUGGACGCAGCGGAUUGACCGGAGCAAGAAGUCUUGAAGUAUUUUACAGGAUUUUAUUAGGAUAGUUGGUACCGUGGAAGCAUAACUGCUCCAUUGUUUUCUAAAGAAAGUUGUGAACCUGGACCCUAUAGGUAUAUACUCAUUAUUUUACUGUCCCAAUAAAAUAAAGAUCAAAGAAACAGA